UGCGUCAGUGGCCAUGGCGGCGCCGGGGCUGUCCAAGGCCGAGUACCUGCGGCGGUACCUGAGCGGCCCCGCCGAGCCCGCGCAGCCCCGCCGCCGCCGCAAGAAGAAGCCGCCGGGCGGCGCCGGCAGAGCCGGGAUGCGGAUCGUGGAUGACGAUGUCAGCUGGAACAGCAUCGCCGCCGCCCCGGAGAAGGAGGAGGAGGAGGACGAGGCGGACUUGCCUGUGGUGGCAGAGUUCAUCGAUGAGCGCCCCGAUGAGGUGAAGCUCAUGGAGGAAUUCCGAACGAACUCCAAAUGGAAGGUUCUAGGAGAUGAGGACUCGCAGAGUUCGGAUAUUUCGGGACCUGCCAAGUCUGCCUCGAGGCGGCGGCGCCACGACUCCCCAGAGCCCUCGUCCCCAGCAGGGAAACACAACGGCUCCAUGGACCUCUCUCCUCCGAGACGGCAGCGUCACGACACGCCUGACCCCUCACCUCCUAGGAGACAGCGUCACGACACCCCGGACCCGUCACCUCCCAGGAGACAGCGUCACGACACCCCAGAUCUGUCACCCCCCAGGAAACAGCGUCACGACACGCCUGACCCCUCACCUCCCAGGAGACAGCGUCACGACACCCCAGAUCUGUCACCUCCCAGGAAACAGCGUCACGACACGCCUGACCCCUCACCUCCCAGGAGACAGCGUCACGACACCCCUGACCCAUCCCCUCCCAGGAGACAGCGUCACGACACCCCCGACCCGUCACCUCCCAGGAGACAGCGUCACGACACCCCAGAUCUGUCACCCCCCAGGAGACAGCGCCGUGACACCCCCGACCCAUCCCCUCCUAGGAGACGGCAGCGUCACGACACCCCCGACCCGUCACCUCCCAGGAGACGGCGUCACGACACCCCAGAUCUGUCACCCCCCAGGAGACAGCGUCACGACACCCCUGACCCAUCCCCUCCCAGGAGACGGCGUCACGACACCCCAGAUCUGUCACCUCCCAGGAGACAGCGUCAGGAUUUGUCACCUCGGAGAGAGAAGCCGAGGUCCCCGAGCGGGAAAAGGAGCCGAACGAAAGGACGGGCCUCGCCCGCCCAGAAGGACCAGCACAGGUCCCGGAGCCCCCCGGAGCGCUCCCCGCAGCGCCGGGACACCAAGGCCUCUCCCAAGAAGGCUAACACGAUGUCAUCCGGGCUCAAAGCUGGCCUGGUGUCGGCCGAUGUGCUGCAGAGGGAGAAGCAGGAGAUCCGGAAGGAUGAGAGGAGCACCAAGCGCCUGGAAGAGGAAUCCCGGAACGCUCAGACCGUGUUCCGAGACAAGUCCGGCCGCAAGAGGAACCUGGCCCAGGAGCAGCUGGAACAGAGGCUGAAGGCUGAGGCAGAGGCCAAGAGGGAAGAGCAAUACGCCAAGUGGGGAAAAGGGCUGGCCCAGGAGAGGCAGCAGCAGCAGAACGUAGAGGAUGCAGUCAAGGAGAUGCAGAAGCCCUUGGCCCGUUACAUCGAUGACCAGGACCUGGACCGAAUGCUGAGGGAGCAGGAGAGGGAAGGAGACCCCAUGGCUGCUCUCAUCAAGAAAAGGAAGGCCAAGGAGAACAAGGAGAAAGAAAAACCCAGGUACAAGGGACCAGCGCCUCCGCUCAACAGGUUUAACAUCUGGCCCGGGCAUCGCUGGGACGGUGUGGACAGGUCCAACGGGUUCGAGCAGCAGCGCUUCGCCCGCAUCGCCAACAAGAAAGCGGUGCAGGAGCUCGCCUACAAGUGGAGCGUGGAGGACAUGUAGGAGAGCUCCUGCAGGGACCCACAGGCACCUCCUGCUGCCAGAGCCCUGAGCAAUGGCCUCUCUCCCUGGAACAAGCCCUGUCCUCAGCAUCCACGGGCAAGGCUGGAUUCCCUGUCAGCCGCAGCCUCCAGCUCUCUGGGGAGGACACUGGUUUCUUGUUUGUUUUCUAACAAACUUCUGUUCUAUGCCAAAUGAUUUGACCUCUGAGGGCAGUUCCCAAGUCUUCAGAUGUCCUAAAUCUCAGGUGAAAAUCUGCUGAACACUUGGGUUUGGGAGAUUUACCCUCAUGCGGUGAGGUCUGCUCCAGAACUCAGGUUAAGUUGAACUUCUGAGCUUUUGUUGAGUUUAUCCAGUUAUUUUGCCAUGUAAAUCCCAGGAUCACCAACGUGCAGGAAGGUUCAAACUCAGCUUUUCCUGACCCUGUCCAGACAGGAGACUGAGCAGGGAAUGCUCUGGCACUGGAAGAGGAACCUGCAGUGCUGCAUUGGGCAGCAGGAUCUUCAGGGGCCUCAGCAGUUCUUCAGGGGUCCAUUUCUAGUGGAAAUAAAUGUGUGGAGAAUUAGGACUUGGAGACCUGGAAUUGCUUCCCUCAUAGUUUGGAGCAGCUGGUGCCCCCAGAUCCCUCUGGAUUUGGGGCUGAUCUGGCACUUCUCCUGUGAUCAGAUUUGUCAGUCUCAGAGCUGGAGGCUGGGCAAAGCUUCCCUUUAAUCCCCGUGUGCCAGAAAGCACUUGUGGAAAUAAAUACAGUUGUUCUUGUUGAGGUCCCGGGGAGCAGGGCUGAGCUGCAGGCAGCAGUUUCCAUGGAGAUGCCUUGGCUGCAGCAGUGGGCAGGGGCAGGAUCGCUCUUUUCAGGGAUUCUCCAGCACUGGGAGGGCCGUGGGUGGGAGGGAUGGCAGCAAAGUCUGCUCUGGAGUGCCAGACCCUUGGGACUUCCAUGUUUUUCAUCCCU